AUGCCUCAACAAGAUCAUUCGCUGCCUUUUAUUGUUCCUUUGCCAAAGCUAGCAACCCCCAGGACCAUCACAUCUACUAAACAAACGCAGAUCCUUCCUUCAUGUGAAGAUGAUACCGUGAUAGUCGAGCGAAAUAAGCUUUCGGGCCAUAGUGAUGAUGAGUAUGAUAUACUUGAAUAUGAUCACGAACUUUUGACCGUAACUGCAUUGCUACCAGAACGUUUGGUCGAUACGAUAGUCGAUUCUCCGGGUCCUAUAAACAUAACAACCUCUGAACCUACUGCCACUACCACUCAAACUGUGUCUUCACCGUUCGUUGAUAUGCUCUUGCAAGAUGCUGCAGAACAAGAAGGCGUUGCCUGUCUGCCAAUGACUGUAACGGAAAAUGGAGCGCCAACAUUUGCAUCGAGCGGUGAUCCUCGUCUGGAUUUCUUUUUCGAGGUUCUACAUGGAAUUCAAUCUGAGACAAUCCUAAAGCUAGCACGUGAAUCCUGGCCAAGCAACCCGCUCGAUACUCUGCGCCUGAUUUUCCAACUCCGUUCUAUUGUACAUGGCAAGGGAGAUCGACGAGGGUUCUAUGUUUGCAUGCAGUUCUUGAGGGACGAACAUCCAAAAACAAUGCUCUAUAACCUGAAAUUUAUCCCUGACCAUGGCUACUGGAAAGAUAUGUUGAACUGGCUGGUAUUCGAGGUUCGCCAGAACCGCAUAAAUUACCACCUGUCUACAAGAGAACGGAUUCCGAAAAAGGGUCAUGGCCGGAACGCAACGAAAAUGGAGUCGCGUAGUCAUCAAAAGCUCGUGAAAACCCGACUUGAGGCUGAUUUACCCGAUUCAGAUCGCUUUGCCACUGAUAAAGGCGCUAGGGCCGCGAAUCAGGAGGAGCGACAGAGAACAUUUUCAGAUCAGGCGCGCAAAGCUCGCCUAGCACGAGAUCAAGAUCGAUUGGAACGCGCCAGAUCGAAGUUUAUGGAUGAUACGGCCUAUAGGGCUUUACAUUUGGGGAUUGCACAGCUAUUUGCUAACGCUCUUGUCCGCGACAAGUCACGCACUAUUGCCCAGAUUAUCUCCCCGGACAAGAGACCUCAGGAGGACCAUAUUGCAUAUGUGAAUCGAGUUCGAGAACUACUACGCCAGCAGUUUUAUGUCCCACUACGUAAAGUGACGCCCGUGCUGGAGACUUUGAUGUCGUCCCAACGAUGGGAUACGAUCGCCUAUAACCGCGUCCCAGCCAUCGCCAUGAAGAAUAACAAACAUCUAUUUGAGGUACACGACAAGGAGAGAUUCGAGAUAUAUUUGGAGUCACUUGCCAAGGGCGAGACAACCAUUGCAGCGCAAGCGCUGCUGCCUCACCAGCUGGUUAGAGAAGCCUUCAGCUUUUGCGGUAACCCCGAUGAAGAUCUUGGUAUGAAGACUUUAGAGGCGCAGUGGAGGUCUUAUGUUGACCGAUUGGCGAAAACUGGUUCUAUGGAGUCGACGAUGGCAAUAUGUGAUGUCUCGGGAUCUAUGUCAGGAGAGCCGAUAGAGGUAGCAAUCGCGUUAUCUCUACUUUUGACAGAGCUAACUCGACCGCCAUUCAAUCAACUAGUACUCACAUUCUCUGAGGCACCUCAAGUUCAUAGAGUGAAAGAAGGAUCGUUGAAAUCAAAAGUGAAUGAUUUAAGACGUAUGCAAUGGGGUUGCACAACUGAUCUUGCCAAGGCAUUUGAUCACAUCUUACAAAUUGCUGUCCAAAACAAGGUGGAUCAGCAAGAUAUGGUCAAGACUUUGUUUAUCUUUUCCGACAUGGAGUUUGAUACAGCAGUACAAGGGGCAGGUACCAGCGGUGAAAUGUUUACAAAUUAUAAAGUGGUCAAGCGACAAUUCAAAAAGGCUGGAUAUAUGCUGCCUCAAAUUGUAUUUUGGGACCUACGUGGGUCAAACAAGGGAAACAAGCCGGUGGCAUCAUCCCAGUCUGGAGUGGCGAUGGUAUCAGGCUUUAAUGGAGCGUUGAUGAAGCUUUUUUUGAAUGGAGUGGAUCUGGCACAGGAGCUGUCACCUGUGAAGUUGAUGGAGAAAGCGAUCCAGAGCAAGGAGUUUAGUCGUUUGAAGGUGCUUGACUAG